UACCAGACUACAAGGCAUAACUGUUGAGAGAUUGUAAUAUUGAUGAAGAAAAGUUAAGAAGUUGGUAGCCAUGAUGAAGCUAGGCAGAAUGUUGAUGUAACGUGUAAAGUGCAGACAUGCUUUGUUUCUAUUACAGAGAAGCAGUGCUUCUCCUCUUGUUUAUUAAUAAUAAACCGUAAGGACAUGUUAACAACCGAAGUGUAGCGUUUUUACUAUAACAGGUUAUGCAUGUUCGAGAGAAAUUUUGUAAAAUUUCCGAUUCAAGAAACAGUGAAAGAAGUUGAGAAUUUUACACAGGAGGCCUCUGUUGCAAGACAUAACUGGAAGCCAAAAUCAAAGAAAAACGACACAUGCAAUUACUGUAAAAGAAAAGGACACUGGGUGAAAACUUGCAAGAAGUGGAUACGUGAUGGCUGUCCUCAAAGAGGAAAUCAAGAAAAAGAAAGUAGUAAAGACAGUGCUCAAGUAAUAAUUGGAACAGUAGCUUCUGAUUGUGAGAUUUGCUCUACAGUUGAGGUUAAGGGUACAGAGUGGUGGAUUGACAAUGGUGCUACAAAACACAUGACAAAUUGUUCCAAGUACUUCAUAAAUUUUGAAGGGUUUGAGAAGCCAAAGGACAUUAUUCAAGCAGGUCAAGCUCCGCUACAAGCAGUUGGGGCUGGAGACAUGAAAGUGAAGUCAGACCUAGGAAACAAGAAUAAAAUGUUGUUACUAAAGAAUGUGUUAUUUGUGCCUGACCUUGUCAAGAAUCUUUUUUCUGUCCUAACAGCUCAUGAAGCCAACCCAUCAAGUAGAUUCAUAUCAGGUAUUAACACAUGCAGUUUGCAAGUCCAUGGAGAGGAGAUAGUAAAAGGAAAGCGUUCCACAGGAGGUGGAUUGUACAAAGCCCUAAUUGAGCCUGUUAUGCCAGAGCGACAAAUUGAAGAAGAAACGAAGUGACAAUUCAAGGAGAACUCUUAUCUGCAGAUGUGUGUGGUCCAUUCAAACCAACCUUUCAAGGAAAGAGGUAUGUUGCACUAUUUAAGGAUAAUUACUCUAGAUACAGAUAUGUGUUUUUGUUGAAGGAAAAAUCAGAAGUGGAAAGUAUCUUAACAGAUGUGAUACGGAAGGCAAAGGCCUUAGGACAUGUUGUGCAUGAAUUCCUCAGUGAUAAUGGAGGAGAAUUUGAUAAUGAGAAGGUUAGGAAUGUUCUCAACAAAAAUGGUAUAGUUCAUCGGCUAACAGCUCCCUAUACGCCUGAACAGAACGGGAAUACCGAGCGUGAAAACCGCACAG